GAGAUCAGCGCGCUAAACUUGCUGGAUCUGAGGCCAGGGUCUGCGGCGGCAGCAUGUUGAAAUGCUCAAAAAGGACUGAGUGACUCGGGCAAGCCACAUGCGGCUAGCGACAUGAAAGAAAUGGACCCUUCAUGAUGCGUUCAACGUGCCAGCGCUGUGGUGGGAAAGGCUCCAUCAUAAACACGCCCUGCACCGAGGUUCAGGCCAAGAAGAAGAAGACGAUGACUUCCAAGCCCAAGAAGGUCGGCCUCAGCGUGGGCGAGCUGAUUGUGAAAGCCGUGGUCGCUUCCAAGGAGCGCAACGGCCUGUCUGUGGCCGCUCUCAAGAAGGCUCUGGCUGCCGGAGGCUACGAUGUGGACAAGAACAAGGCCCGUGUCAAGACCGCCAUCAAGAGCCUGGUGGCGAAGGGCACUCUGGUGCAGACCAAGGGCACCAGGACCUCCGGAUCCUUCAAGAUGAACAAGGCUACUGAGAGCAAAGCCAAGAAGCCCGCCGCGGCCAAAGCCAAGAAACCGGCAGCAGCUGCUAAGAAGUCGCCCAAGAAGGCAGCAGCAGCACUUCAGCUACUAGACAGGACAAAGCUGAAGGAGAACUGCCGGGACUGUUGAAGUGGGA